GUUUUUUUAUUAAAAUAAGAUGGGUUAGGUUUCGAGCAAUAUUGUGAAAAUAGUGCGUAAAGCAGUUCAUGGAAGAGUAAUCUGUUAUGAUCAGGAAUUCUACAUAACAAGUAAUUCUCAUAACAAGAAAGAGCACGAAAACGUGCAAGAACUUUGCAUCAUCUCUCAGUAUCGUAUAUAACGUCAUGCUGCAGACCAUUUGCGUCAGAAAAAUCUGCAGAUACCUUAGCACACAAUAACCGAUAAGAACGUUGCGCGUGAACGUUCGUGCUUUUCUGUAAGUGUGUGCAACAAAGGAUAUUCCCUCACGAAUCAAUCCUGACAAGAAUUGCAAACAACAUUCGUCAUGGAAUACUGGACGAUACUGCUCUCCGUCGUAAUAGCUACCUUCGGUAUCAGUUACCUUUUUAGAAGUUUCAAUUACUUCAAAAGGAACGGAAUUUUUCAUAUUCCACCUCUACCCAUAUUUGGUGAUAUGAUGUGGAUUGUAUUUCGUCAGAUAUCAUUUGGGGAUUACCUUCAAAAGCUGUACCAGUUUAAACCGGACGCCAAAUAUUAUGGAUUUUACGCAACGUCGCGUCCUAUCAUCUUGUUGCGCGACCCGGAACUUAUCAAGGAGGUCUUCAUUAAGAAUUUUGAUUCGUUUCCUAAUCGCCGUGGUUUCGGCGAAUUAAAUGAAACAUUAUUUUCAAAUAAUUUGUUCUCCCUUCGGAAUCAAAAAUGGCGAGAUGUGAGGACAUUAUUGAGCCCAGCCUUUACGUCCAGCAAGAUGAAAACGAUGUUCAGCUUGAUGACGGAGUGUGCAGAGGACUUCACCAAGUCUCUCUCGGAAAUGUCAGCAGAUAAGGGGGAAAUUGAUAUGAAGGACGUGUUCACCAGAUACACAACCGAUGUCAUCGCAUCGUGUGCUUUCGGAAUUAAGGUCAAUUCUAUGAAUGAUCCUACGAACAACUUUUACACUUAUGGUAAAGAAGCGAUUAGCUUCAUCGGGAAUCGUAUUUUCAAGUUUCUUUUCGUCAGAGCUUUCCCUACACUCGCGCGAUUUCUCCGUCUAAAGUUUUUAAGCGAAGACGCCAGCAACUUUUUCACGGACAUUGUAAAGACCACAAUCACCACUCGUGAUGCCACGAACUUUACACGUCCGGAUAUGAUACAGUUGAUGAUGGACAUGAGAGGUAAACGUGAGAAUGAGAGAGAGUUGAGUAUCGACGACAUGGUUGCACAGGCAUUUGUUUUCUUUGUCGGUGGCUUUGAAACCAGUUCAACCGCGAUGUCAUUCAUAGCUUAUCAGGUCGCAGCUAAUCCAGACAUCCAGGCCAAGUUGCAACAAGAGAUCGACGAAGUGUUGGGGAACUCUCACGGAGAAGUGACCUAUGAAACCAUUAAUCGGCUUAAAUAUUUGGACAUGGUAAUAAGCGAAGUUCUCAGAUUGUAUCCGCCCGUCAUGCUUCUUGAAAGACAAUGCGAAAGAGAUUAUGUAUUCCCACCCACAUUGCCGAGUGAAAAAUCCUUCACCUUGAAGAAAGGUCAGGCAAUCUGGGUCUCGGUCUACGCGAUUCACCGUGACGAAAAAUACUACAAUGAACCAGAGAAAUUUUGUCCGGAAAGAUUUUCAGACAAGAACUCAUUCUACAAUUCGCCGUGUUAUUUACCAUUUGGAUUAGGACCGCGUAUGUGCAUAGCGAACAGGUUUGCAUUGCUGGAGGUCAAAGUCUUGUUAUUUCACCUAUUAGCGCAGUGCGAAUUAAAACCUUGUUCGAAAACCACGUUGCCGAUGAAAUUGAGCAAGAAGGGUCUGACCAUGAUGGCGGAAGGUCUUUUUGCUAUACACUAUCUUUUUAGAAGAUUCAAUUACUUUAAAAAAAACGGUAUUAUCCACGUUUCACCUGUAUUGGUAAUUGGUGGCAUGGCUUCGGUUAUAUUUCGCUGGAUAUCUUUCGGAAAUUAUCUCCAACAGCUCUAUUACUACCAGCCGUACGCGAAAUAUUUUGGAUUCUACGCCACGUCGCGACCUGUCAUUUUGUUACGUGACCCGGAGCUUAUCAAGGAAGUCUUUAUCAAGAAUUUCGAUUCGUUUCCUAAUCGUCGUGGUUUUCGCGAGUUCGGUGACGUCUUAUUUUCAAAAAGUUUGUUCUCUCUUCGCGGACAAAAAUGGCGAGACGUGAGAACUUUAUUGAGUCCAGCCUUUACAUCCAGCAAGAUGAAAACCAUGUACACCUUGAUGACAGAAUGCGCUGUGGAUUUUGUCAAGACUUUAUCGAAAAUAUCAGCAGAUAAAAGCGACAUGGAUAUGAAGGAAGUAUUCUCCAAGUACACGAACGAUGUUAUUGCCACAUGUGCCUUUGGAAUCAAGGUCAAUUCAAUGAGCGAUCCCUUCAACAACUUCUACUUUUAUGGCAAAGAAGCGACUAGUUUCAUCGGAACCCGUGUCUUCAAGUUUUUUUUUGUUAGAACAUUCCCGAAACUUUCAAAAUUUCUUCGUCUAAAAUUUCUAAGCGACAAUGCCACCAACUUUUUCAAAGACAUUAUACAAACCACGAUUGCUACUCGCGAUGCUAAAAACAUUACGCGUCCGGAUAUGAUACAGUUGAUGAUGGACAUGAGGGGUAAACGUGAAAACGAGAGAGAACUGAGUAUCGAUGACAUGGUUGCACAGGCGUUUGUUUUCUUUCUUGGAGGUUUCGAAACCAGUUCAACCGCGAUGUCCUUUAUUGCCCAUGAAGUUGCAGCUAAUCCGGAUGUUCAAGCGAAGUUAUGGCAAGAGAUCGACGAAGUUUUGGAAAACUCAGACGGUGAAGUGACUUACGAAACAAUCAAUGGGCUUAAAUAUUUGGAUGCGGUAAUAAGCGAAGUUCUCAGAUUAUAUCCGCCGGCUGUAUUUAUUGAAAGACAAUGUGAGAGAUCUUAUGAAUUGCCGCCCGCAUUGCCAACUGAGAAAUCCAUCAUCCUGAAGAAAGGUCAGUUAAUCUGGGUCCCGAUCUACGCGAUUCACCGUGAUGAAAAGUACUAUGAUGAACCGGAAAAGUUUUGUCCGGAAAGAUUCUUCGAUAAGAACUCAUAUUAUAAUUCUCCGUGUUACGCUCCGUUUGGAUUAGGGCCGCGGAUGUGUAUAGCGAAUAGGUUCGCGUUGCUCGAGAUCAAAGUCUUAAUGUUUCACCUGUUAUCGCAGUGCGAGCUGAAACCUUGUGCGAAAACUACUUUACCGAUGAAAUUAAGCAAGAAAGGUUUGGCUAUGAUGCCGGAAGGUGGAUUCUGGCUGAAAGUUCAGCGUAGAGAAACAAUAUGUAAUUUAAGAUUUAAGCAGUAAUACAGCGUCAUGUUUAAUUCUUGAAGACGU